CCUGGAUCGGUGCCAACGAUAGUGUGAAAGAGGGAACAUGGGUGUGGGAAGACGACGGCGCUGUGGCCACAGAGUUGCCCGGACUUUGGUACCCAAGUGAACCAAGUAACAAAACGCUCUCAGAGGACUGUGCACUAAUUGUUUCGGCGCAGGUUUUUGAUGAAGAAUGUGACAGACAUAAUAGAUUCAUUUGUGAGGAGAAAGGUACUUCAUUUAAAUAUCACUUUACAUCGGUUGAACGAUUAUGUUGUCAACGUGAUCUACAGAAUGGAACAAACACGAAUCGACGUUUUCAUCAAACAACUCACAACAUUGUUUCUGUUAUCAGUAUAUAGAAUUUUAUUAGCAAAGGAAUGCAUGUGGCUUACGAAACAAAUCAAACAUUAUCAAUGUUAUCACUUGACAAUUUAUUAACAUUACACUAUACGUUAAAAUAAAGAAAUCAAGCACAAAGAGGCCGCAUGGGAAUAAAGCUAUUCUAUAUUAUAAAUCAACAAACUUGUUGCUAGCAUGAAUGUAAGAAUAGACUACCGAAUAGUUUAUAGCAUAAAUAGACUACAAAAUUUAGUAUAAAUAGACUAGUAAUUUGUGGCUAGUAAAAAUAGACUGCUAAAUUGUUGCUAAUAGAAAUAGACCAGUAAAUUGUUUCUAGCAGAAGAAGAAUAUUAAAUUUUGCUAGUAGAAAUAGACUAGUAAAUUGUUGCUAGUAGAAAUAGACUAGUAAAUUGUUGCUAGUAGAAUAUGACUACUAAAUUGAUACUAGAAUAAUUAGACUACUUACUUGUUGCUAGAAUAAAUAGACUACCAAAAUUGUUGCUAUUGUAAAUGAACUGUAUAGGUCUCGACGUUGUAUGUCUCUUACCAUUGUAUGACCCUUAAGAUUGCAUGGCCCUUACCAUUGUAUGGAGAUUACGAUUGUAUUGCUCUUACCAUUGUAUGAAUCUAAAGAUUGUAUUUACUUCACAUAUGACUUUCACACAGAUCUAUUGAAUAAAUAAUCCGAUGCUAUAAGAUGUAUGGUAAAGAGCCUAUCUUCAAACACAUGCCUCCAUUUUUACUUAUCUCCUUCUAAACUCCUGCGCAUGAGUGGUCGAGUGGUCUCAAGUUGGUGGUCUGGAGUUCAAUUCCAGCCAAAGCCCAGUCAAGCAAACAAAUCUCACCAGCCCCCCGGGUAGAUGGGACUCGUUAACCUUGGUCGGCAACUAAUCUAAGAGAAGGCAACUCUAAAUUCAAAACCCCGAGAUGGCGUCCCCUACAGGCGGCAAACAUAGAAAAAUAAUGAAUCAUUCCGACAACCCCUGCGACGCCCCGGAUGCCAUCACUGAGACAAAAAACAAUAAAUUAUUCCGAAACAAAAGUAUUAUCUAAAUAUUUGAUCUGUGACAAACUUAAUAAACUUAUUAAUUGUAGUUAGCACUGUUUUGAGUGUCGUAUUCUUGUGCUAUUGUAUUUCCCAUAUGGUAUCGUCUUUUGUUAUGCACUGUUUAGAACGAGCCAUACACUUUAAAUAAGAGAUUAAUUUCUCCCUAUAGACAUCAGAGCGUAACACCCUUAUAUGGCCCUUAAAAUUCAUUGCCCCUUAAAACUUUAUGGCCCUUAAGAUUGUAUGGCCCUUAACAUCGUAUGUCCCUUAACAUUGUAUGGCUCUUACGAUUGUAUUGCUUUUACCAUUGUAUGGUCCUUAGAUGGUAUGGCCCUUAAAAUUUAUGGCCUUUAACAUUUAUGGCCCUUAAAAUUGUAUGACCCUUAACAUUUAUGGCCUUUAACAUUGUAUGGACCUUAACAUUGUUUGGCUCUUACGAUUGUAUGGAUUUUAUCAUUGUAUGGCCCUUAAGAUUGUAUGGCUAUUACCACUGUAUCGCCCUUAAGAUUGUAUGGCCCUUAAGAUUGUAUGGCUAUUACCACUGUAUGGCCUUUAAGAUUGUAUGGUCUUAAGAUUGUAGGACCCUUUAAAUUUUAUGGCCCUUAAGAUUGUAUCGCCCUUAAGAUUGUAUGGCCCUUAAGAUUUUAUGGCCCUUAAGAUUGUAUGGCCCUUAAGAUUGUAUCGCCCUUAACAUUGUAUGGCCGUUAAGAUUUUAUGGCCCUUAAGAUUUUAUGACCCUUAAGAUCGUAUGGCCCUUAAGAUUGUAUGGCCCUUAAGAUUGUACGACCCUUAAGAUUGUAUGGCCCUUAAGAUUGUAUGGCCCUUAACAUUGUAUGGUCUUAAGAUUUUAUGGCUAUUACCAUUGUGUUGCUUUUUAUUUUCUAUUAUAACAACACUAGUUUGAUAUUUAUUCUAGUAGGAAAGUUUAAAGGCGAUGUUAUAGGUUUAAGCUAGAAAAUAAGUUGAAUUAUGUUUCAACAAGAUCCCAAUAGGAAUGAAACUUGCAUUUUGAUAUAUUUGACAGCGAUGAUCACAACUCCAGAUCUGGCGGCUUCGGCGAGCACAACAAAAGAUCCGAUCACAACUCCAGAUCUGGCGGCUUCGGCGAGCACAACAAAAGAUCCGAUCACAACUCCAGAUCUGGCGGCUUCGGCGACAGUAGACCCGAUCUGUACGUCCACCUCAUCUGUGACAGUUCCGGUAACCACAAUGAUGAAAUGUGACGCCAUUUUCAUCAACGUCAAUGUUCAAAUGCUGUUGUUGUUAAAUUUGUACGCGUUCAGUUAUCUAGUUAUUUGAAUUGAACUAUUAUUAUUUUAUUUUUUUUUCUUAGAUUUUCAUUAUAUACAGGAAAUCAUUUUUUGUUUUACUUGAUUUCAAGCAGUAUUUUUUUUUUUUAAAGUGGGAAGUAAAAUAAAUUUUUUACAUAAAUAAUCAACAUUGUCAAUAAUGGUUUAUAGGUAGAGGAUUCAAGUGAUUCAGGUCAAGUUUUUGUUACACCUGUGCAAAAUAAUUUCGAAAUCACGAAUUAUCUAGCGAAUGUGUACAAAGGAAUGUUGUUUUGAAUGAAAUACUGUUCGAAUGAAACUACUGAAAAGAAGCGUUAAAAAAAAACAAAAAAAAAACACUUAAUGUCAAGUGAAAGGGGAGUGAACAGGGUGCACCACCACACCCCAGAGAAAAUCGACUCAAAGGCAGACCAGGGCUUAGAUGGAUGGGUGCAGUCGAGAGGGAUGUUUUUUUAAAUAAUGUUUAUUUAAAAUUAAUUGAUGAAAUUGAUUCUAAAAACGAAAGCUUUACAUGUUAUUAUUUCCUGUCAUAAUUUAAUGAAAAAGCUAACAUGUUUACUUUGUUUUCUGAAUUCUAUAUAAAAAGAAAGAUUUUUUUUUAAAAAUCGGUUGAAACAAGUUCAUUGUAAAGAGACUAUCAUUUAGAAAACAUUUCUUUCGUUGUACAAAUGGCAUUUUUUAAAAAUUGUUUUUAUCCCUCAUAAUCGGUAGCUGUUGUGCACGAGUUAUUAUGUUUGAAGCCGCACACUCUACUUGAACAUUAUUAAAACAAUUACCAGCAAGAAUAUCAGUGUUAAAAUAAUUAUCAGCAAGAACAUCAGUGUUAAAACAAAACAUUUAUCAGCAAGAAUAUCAGUGUUAAAACAUUUAUCAGCAAGAAUAUCAGUGUUAAAACAUUUAUCAGCAAGAAUAUCAGUGUUAAAACAUUUAUCAGCAAGAAUAUCAGUGUAAAAACUAUUAUCAGCAAGAAUAUCAGUGUUAAAACUUUAAUCAGCAAGAAUAUCAGUGUUAAAACAUUUAUCAGCAAGAAUAUCAGUGUUAAAACAUUUAUCAGCAGAAAUAUCAGUUUUAAAACUAUUAUCAGCAAGAAUAUCAGUGUUAAAACUAUUAUCAGCAAGAAUAUCAGUGUUAAAACUAUUAUCAACAAGAAUAUCAGUGUUAAAACAGCUAACAUUCCUUAUGUCUCAACACCCGUCAGUUUGGUUUCUUAUAAUUUUUCUUGUUUCCGAUACGAACUAUAACUUGAACAUCAAAGUAAACUGUGCGAUUGAUAUUUCAACAUUUCUUUUAAUUAAUAGCUUCUAAACUAUUUCAAUAGUUUCAUUCGAUUUCCUUAGUGAAGAUUGAAUUUGUAUGUAUUCUUUUCUUCCCAUUUCCUU